ACAGACAACACGCUGCUACAUUUCCUAACCGUGAGGUUGGUGUGCGAGGCUGUGGAGCUGAAGUGAGCUGUCACCAUGCAGGUCCUCCACCGAGGCGGGCGGCUGAUCCUGGCCCUGGCCCUCAUCCUGGUUUUGGGUUUUUCUGUUCAAGGUUUUCCUGUGCGGAGAGCCAGAUACCAGUGGGUACGCUGCAGCCCUGACAAUAAUUCUGCAAACUGCAUAGAUGAAAAGGGACCAAGUUUUGAACUACCAGGCGAAUCCAACAGGAUCCUCCCUCUGAGGAUUGACCCUUUCACAUUGACGAGAUCCCAGAACUUGAAUGAUGACUUUCCUCUUUCUGAAGACGUUUCUGGAUCAGGCUCUGGCUCUGGCAGCAGCUCUGAAAAUGUCUUCCUCACUGAUAUUGAACAGGAAUACCAACCAAUAGAUGAAAACCAAGCUUAUCAUGAUCGUGCCGGGCAGGAUUUUAUUAUAUAAAAAAGAGAAUUUCCCCACUUUGACACCAGGCAAUGCAUUCAGUAUAUUGUUUACGUGGUUAAAUGAUCUAUUAUGGAAUAAAACCUUUUAUAGAAACUUAAAAACACCUGAGAAGAAGCUUAAGGAUUGUCAUCUUGUUUCCCCAUGAUUUCUUAAAGACUCCUUCAUCUGUUCUAUUGUUCCAGAAACUACCAGCAUUUCUUUUAUAUCACAUUCAACAAACAUCACUAUAAAUUAAAUAAACUUCCCAUGUCUAUAAAAUUGCUGAGGAAUACAUUAUACUUUUUUAAAGCUGAGAAGAAAAUCGACAGGUAUUUCAUACCUAAUUCCUUAGAACCCCUGAUUGUUAAUUAUUGAUAUGCCCCUUUUCUUACGGAAAGAUCAAGAUGAGACACACAGUGAAUUUAUAGAGUGGGUAUAUAACAUGUUUGACAGUGUGACGUGUACUGCUCUAAAAUUAACGCUGGGUGUGUUUGCAGAGCUAGUGGACGUCGUUUGUUUAGAAGGAUGACUGCUUACUUAAGAGCCAAAUAAAAGCACAGUUGUGUUCUCCACACCUCAUACUGCUUUACUUUCCCCCCUGGAUGUCAGUGUAUUUUGCAUUUUCAAAUGUACCUCCAUUAAAGCAGAAAUAAACCAAAGGGAUGGGUUGCAUGGGAUUUCUUAUUCUAAACUC